AUGAUUGUGAGCAGGAGGUGGAACUCUUCUUCACCCCCCAGUCUUGUUCUGGAUGAGCCCAUUCCAAAUGCAGAAAUGACCCUCUAUGUGGACGGGUCCAGACUACAAAAGCCAGAGGGCGGGUUUGCUGCAGGUUUCACUAUAGCAGAUGACACCUCUGUUUUGUACUCUGAGACACUUGAUCCUGGUGUAAAUUCUGGCCAAAGUACAAAAUUGAUUGCCCUGAUCAAGGCAUGUGAACUGGCAGAGGGAAAGACUGUAAACAUAUAUACAGACUCCUGCUAUGUUUACAGAAAUGUAUAUGAUUUGGGUUUCCUGUGGGAACACAGAAGCUUCAUGACAUCUUUUGGGAAAGUUGUAAAACAUGCAGACCUGAUUCAGGACCUUUUAGAGAAGGUAAAGUUACCUAAAGCCAUAGCCGUUAUCAAGUGGCAGGCACAUCAGCAAGCAGAUGUAGCGGCCAGGCAGGCAGCCUUACUGCUUCUACAAGAGUCCUCAAAAGAUACAGAAUGUCAAUGGAUACUCUAA